AUGGAGGAUCGACCUGGUUUAAGCUCGCUCAAUAGUCCAAUCUUGGGUGGCACCAAGCCCAACGAGAUCGAGCUGGGAGAUUCUCUACAGCUGCCUGGCAGCGCUGUUCACGUGCUCGUAUACUGUCUUUCCGCUAAACGUACCGGAAUACGAGGACUCGAGGUUGACGCGAAUCUUGCGGAAGGCGAAAUGGAUGCUGCUCACAAUCCUUGUGCCGGAGUUGAUUGUUUAUUUGGCAACGACGACGAAAGUCAGGACGACGAGAGUCAGAAACCUGACCGCGACAAAAAUAUAGCGCAAGACAAAUCAAAAGAACCAUCCAGAGAGACCGAAGUCAACAACGAAGGACAAAAAGCUCCUGAAGCUCCCAAAGCUCCCAGCCUAUCCAAUGAUGGCGAGGAGGGUGAAGCAGAGACUGCAAAGCCGCGACCUACCCUAUUGUUUUGCCACUUUGUCUUGAUGGGAGGUCUUGCUGUCGACGUCAGCGAAAUUCAUGAUAGUGUGCGUAGAGUCACAUUAACCGCCAACGGUGUCACUGAACUAUCAAAACGUGGUCAUCUGCCUUUUAUUCCUGACAAACGUAUACAAGAAUUGGAUCAUUUCGACUAUUUGGGUAACGGCAUUGCCAUCUUUCAGGCAUUCUGGCUGGUGCUCGAAUGCAUAGGACGACGAGCGGCAGGCCUUCCUAUUGCUUUGUUAGAGCUGAACACUUGCGUCAAUAUUGGCUUUGCUUUGUGCCUGCGACUUCUAUGGCACGCUAAGCCUUUCAACCUUGAAUCACCCAUCGUUGUGAAUGACAGCAAUUUCAAAGGCUGUAUCGCCCUGAUGUUUAUGGUGAGCGACAUUUCAGGAAUUGGAAGACGUCGCUCAUGGGGUCUGUGGCUAGAUCGCCCCGAGUCAAAUCACAUCGCUACUUACUUACCCACGAGAAACAGUGAGCUCAAGUCACCUGAUUGUCACUCAGCAGAAAAUCCCGGAAGCAAGGGACCAAUAUCAAGUCUUCAAACUAAUGCUUCGCUCAGACGUCCUUCAUCCGAAAAUCUGGAUAUCUCUGGUAAUCAUAGGCUAUCAGGAGCACCAGCCCCGAGUUCGAAUAAUCAUAGCCGUGAAUAUUCGUAUGAAAACACGAAUAGUGACGCUUCUAGCAAAGAUCUCACGAUUGAAAGGCCGUCUAUUAUGACAAUGAGUGAGCCUCUGGGGGUAGUCACAAAACAAGUGCACAAGGUACCUAAAGAUGUCACAAUAAUCGGUAUAAUGCAACCAGGAGAGUGCUUCAAUUCUGGCGUUGGAAUACACCCAUCCGCACGAAUGUCGUAUGAGGUAUCUGCAAAGGAUGCUCUGAGGUGGCGUCUGGCCGAAAGUGAGAGGAAGGUCUUGGAGAGAGACCGGAGCUUCGAUCUCACGCCUGACGAAAGAAUUGGGUGGGUGGAUUGGGAUCGAUUUUUGUCCAGGUUCAACCCAGUGGUGAACAGAGGGCUCAAUCUAGAUAUGACUUUCUGGAAUCUCGUUGAUAUGAAGGUGUAUUUCGAGACGAUGGAGUAUCCCACUCUCCGUUGGAUGGGCGCGUUUCUCACACUUCAUGGUGGCGUUCACUUGUCGGCUUGGACAUUCAAUUUUCCUACUCAACUUGAGCUGCUCCUUUGGAAAGUAUCUUGCUUUACUUUAUGUGGAUGGGUCUGGGCAAUGGGGUUGGUCGUGUAUAUGAAUUACGCUGUUCUCGGACCCAAUCUUCGACGCGAUUCAAAGUUGAAAUUCAUCGCAGAGGUGACUGUCAAAUUCUUGACUUUAACGUCCGUCGCGCUGGCAAUUGCAGUGUCGGCUUCAAGCAUCUAUCUGAUCCUAGAGGCUUUCUUGAGCCUUAGGCAUGAGCCUGUUGGGGUCUUCGCUAGGUUAGAAUGGACAGCUUUCUUCCCGAUUCUAGGCUAA